AUGGCACCGUCCUCUUCCCCAAUCUCAUCACGCCACGUGGCCGUCAUCGGAGCUGGAGCCGCCGGUCUAGUGGCGGCGAGAGAGCUUCGACGGGAAGGCCACUCGGUGGUCGUCUUCGAGAGGCAGGAACACGUCGGAGGAACAUGGAACUACACUGAUCAUGUCGAACUGGAUCCCUUAAGCGUUGACCCGACCCGACAAAUAGUCUACUCGAGCGUCUAUCGCUCUCUCCGAACCAACCUUCCUCGAGAGUGUAUGGGAUUCGUUGACUUCCCAUUCAUGACCCGACCCGGCGUCUCGGCAGCAUCAAGAGAUCCGAGGAGGUAUCCGAGCCACGGUGAAGUUCUCGCGUAUCUGCAAGAUUUCGCUAAGGAGUUUGCCAUCAGUGAGAUGAUACGGUUCGAAACGGUGGUUGAGCGGGUUUCUCCGGCGGAGGAAACAAAAUGGAGGAUUGAAUUUACAAAGAAAGAUGAUAAAGUUGGUCGUGAUGAGAUUUACGACGCCGUUGUUGUUUGUAAUGGACAUUACAUUGAACCUCGUCUCGCUGACAUUCCUGGAAUAAGUUCUUGGCCAGGGAAAGAGAUGCAUAGUCAUAACUAUCGUAUUCCCGAACCCUUUAAGGAACAGGUUGUUGUGAUUAUUGGAAGCUCUUCAAGUGCUGUUGAUAUAAGUAGAGACAUUGCUGGAGUUGCCAAAGAGGUUCAUGUGGCUUCUUGGUCAAAUGCUUCUGAUACUCUCAUCAAACAAAAUGGUUAUACUAACCUGUGGAUGCAUUCAAUGAUAGAGCGUGUCCAUGAGGAUGGUUCUGUGGUUUUUCAAAACGGGAAAACGACUUUGGCUGAUGUUAUUAUGCAUUGCACUGGGUUUAAGUAUCACUUCCCGUUUCUUGAAACCAAUGGAAGUGUUACCGUAGAUGAUAACCGUGUUGGACCGUUGUACAAACACGUCUUCGCUCCAGCAUUUGCGCCUUCGCUCUCCUUCAUCGGUCUAGCAUGGAAGGUGCUACCGUUUCAUUUGUUUGAGCUUCAAAGCAAGUGGAUUGCGGGUGUUUUGUCGGGUCGGGUCAGGCUUCCUUCAAAAGAAGAUAUGAUGGUGGAAUUAAUCAAAAACAUAAAUGACACACUUGAAGCACAAGGGAUUCCUAAGCGAUAUAGUCACUACUUAGGCAUUUCCCAAUUUGAGUACUUUGAUUGGUUGGCUUCACAAUAUGGAAGCUCAGGAACAGAGAAAUGGAGGAAAGAGAUGUGCUUGACGGGUUUCAUGCGGGCGAUGGAGCAUCCGGAGACGUAUAGAGAUGAAUGGGAAGAUCAUCAUUUGGUUUCUCAAGCUUAUCAAGAUUUCUCUUUGUAUACUCAUUAACAAGAUACGAGACCUAUAUCUGUCAAAUAAUAUUUGUUACAUGGUCUUGAAAAAAACGACAAUCACUUGUUAGGUAUUUAGUGGGAUCACUGGACUGGGAGCAAUAUGUAUAGAAGAAGAAAUUGUUAAGCUUAUCAAGAUUUCUCUUCCACAAAAA